UUUUUGUACGUUGAUGACGACCACGGAGCCGAGCGUCCACUCAACCUCCGCAUCUAUCAACCCUAUGCACGUGUUUUUCCCGCUGGGCAGGCAUUGACUCUAGAGCUAUGGGAUGAGGUCAGGACGCCCCACGAGGAAAAGAAGCAGAUCAAUGGGAGCGUGCUCACAAUAAUCGGCUUCCUGGUUGACGCCAUCAAUAUGUCGGCAACCUUGCCCGACGAGAAGCGCAAAAUCCUGAUCCAGACCAUAGAGGCCUUCGCACAUGUAGGCCUCCGCCCGACAGUGCGCGAGUGCCAGCAAUUGACAGGCCACGUCAACUGGUCACUGAAUGUAUUCCCCCUCAUCCGUCCGUGCUUAUGCGCACUGUAUGACAAGCUGGUUGGGAAGAAUCAGCCCAAUGCCACGGUCUGGACCAACAAAGCAAUUGUCGACGACUUGCUUUGGGGGCUUACGCACCUACGCUCGCUCCCGGGGGUGUUUUUCUUCGAUUCAGUCCAGUGGGAC